UUCUCUGGGUGUGGUUUAGAGAGAGGGAGACGUCCUGCCCUUAUUUUAUCAUCCCGCUCACCUGAGCCUUUGCCAAAUCCGGAGGCGGGAGUGUGUAUAUAUACUGAAUAUAUAUAACCCAAGACAUGAUGAUAGUUAGUGAGAGUCAUUCAGAGUUGAAGCACAUCUCUCCAUUGGCCGUGGGUCAUUACGCAUCGCCAUGUAUAUAAACGCACCAGAGUCGUGCAAUUUCAUGGUUUUAUUUUGCUUUUUAAUAAGGAGUGGUUUGACUUUGAAGAACGAUGCUACGGAGAUUUUCUACUCGCAUGUGGUCAGUCCCGUUCAGGAUGCGCAGAGCAACGCGUCUCUCAACCGCGCGCGCUCCGGAGGAAGAGGCUUCAGCACGCACGACAGAGAACGAAUCCCAGUAGGCUGCAGAGAGCUCCGAUCCACCAAGUACAUCUCAGAUGGCCAGUGCACCAGCAUAAACCCUGUGAAAGAGCUGGUGUGCACAGGACAGUGCCUCCCCGCUCAGAUGCUGCCCAAUUGGAUUGGAGGAUACGGCAAGAAGUCCUGGAACCGCCGGAACAGUCAGGAAUGGCGCUGUGUAAAUGACAAGACCCGAACUCAGCGGAUUCAGCUCCAGUGCCAGGAUGGCAGCACCAGGACCUACAAGAUCACAGUGGUGACCUCCUGCAAAUGCAAACGAUACUCGCGGCAACACAAUGAAUCAGGAGUUAAGUCUGAGGGAUACUCUCAUAGCCAGAUCAAAAAACAGAAAAGCAAAGUGGCCACCAGGACAGAAAGCUAAAUAAGUCUCUGCUUGAACUGACCUUAAUAUAGAAUUGCUGGCACUGAACUUUCUUUGAGAGCAAGUGCAGGGCUCAGAGUUCACUGUGAAAGACAUCAACAUAAUCACAAUUAACAUGAGGCCUUUGUGACCCUGUGCUGGAAGAGAUGGACAAUGACAACAGCAUAUUGCCUUACAAAAAUGAUUAGAAACAGACUCGUGAUCCUGAUUGCUUUUGUUGUCUCCGUCUCAUAUGUGUGGCAAUCACUUGCUGUAGUUUAUGCUGUAAGUUUAUGUGUUCAGCGUCAAUACAUGUAGUUCUCAAACCCGAGAAAUGCAUAGCUACCUGUAAAUACAAUGUUUGUAUAUAUGCCUAUGCAUUUCUUUGUUAUUAAUCGUUUUGCAGGACCUCUAUGUGUUAAAAAAGCGGAUGUAAUAUAUUUUGCCUUGACUUUGCUGACUUUAAAAUAUUUUUAGUUUGUGCAAGCAUUAUUCAGACAAGAUAUUGCACUAUAGUGACAAUGUUCAUAUGAGCUAUUAUGAUGUAAAACUAUUAAAAUGAAAACAUCUGCA